AGGUGCGAAACAAAAUGGCGUUGAUUCGACCUAGACAUCUGCUGAUCCUCUUCUUGAUAACCUUCGUGCAGACUGAACGAGUCAAUGUACAGAUGAGACAAAUUGUUCCAAUUAAUAAUUUGAGAGAAGUUCUAACCUGCACAUUUGCAGCCGACUCAAUUGACUGCAAAGAUUCUCCCGACUUCUACCACCUAAACAUGGAGAUUGGCAAGGAACAGGAGAAAAAAGAAGAAGAAAAGAAAGAGAACAACAGAAAAAUCCAAAAGAGAAAGCCGGAGAAAAGACGGGAGAACAUCAUCAUGCAUAACUCUAUUAUGGAAGAAGAAAUGAGAGAUAUAGAAGACGAUUUGAAAGAACAUAUAAAACCAUCAUUGCCGCAAAAAGCUGAUGAUGCACCCAUACUGUUAGAAGCUGUAAUCGAAAACGUAGAUUCUGAGAUAGAGGACGCGGAAACAGAACAAAAGAAUGAAGAAGAAUUAGACAGAAUUGUAAUGGAGAAGAAUAUGAGGAACAUGAAAGAUAUGUACGGACAAAGAGAUAACGAUAGUGACAGAAGAGAUAAUGAUAACGAUAGAGUAGAUAACGAUAAUGAAACAGCAGAUAAUUAUAAUGAAAGAGAUAUUGAUGAUGGAAGAGAACUGGAAAAAGGGAGGGAAAUAAUGAGGAAUGAGAGGGUUUUAAGAAGGCAGACUUUUAGGUUCAGGAGUGAUGUUUAAUUAUGGAAAUUUUAGUUUUUGGUCUAUCACUAUUUUCAGCAGCCUCAUUAGAUAGUUGUCUAACGCGACAACCCUUGAUUCCCGCAUCGGGAAACAUUAUUGGAGAUCUUCGAUUUCGAAAAUCUAUUAUUUUUUUAUCUUGUUGGUUGUCAAAUAUGAUGAUUGAGGUUUCAGGUUCGAUUCCGAGCUGGAAAAAGUGUUAUAGAAAGUUUCGAUUUUGGAAAUUCUUUGUAGGACUUUUUAUAGUUUGGGAUUGGGGCCGGUGUAUGGCAAUAGGUUCACCCCCUAUUACAUGGGACUCAUAACAUAACGGAUGAAUAGUGGGUGUUACAUUUUGCCUUUUGCUGCUCAAAAAUACACAUUUUUGAAAAUAAGUUAGACCAAAAAUUAAAUAAGAUAAUGAUUUUUUUAUAGAAAUUAAGUUAUCGACGUGGCCAACA